AUGUGUUUUUCUGUGCUUAUUAAAAAUAUAUUUAUAUCUUUUUUUUUUCCAGAUGCUUGGCAUUAUCUUCCGUUGUUUGUUCUUUCUUACCAAGUUGUCAGUCAAGCACUUAGCAACCUUGGCGGCACCAUAGAAAGCCAUCUCUCCAAGACACUUACAUCUGUAUACCAGAAGACUGCAACCGCCCUAAGUCUAUUUAUAUCUAUCUAUCUAUCCAUACCAGUCUAUUCAUAUCUAUCUAUCCAUACCAGGCUAUUCAUAUCUAUCUAUCUAUCUAUCUAUCCAUACCAGGCUAUUCAUAUCUAUCAAUCUAUUCCAGUCUAUUUAUAUCUAUCUAUCCGGGUUUAUUCAUAUCUAUCUAUCUAUCUAUCUAUCCCAGUUUAUUCAUAUCUAUCUAUCUAUCUAUCUAUCUAUCUAUCUAUCCCAAGGGUCCGUUUGCAUUAUUUCUUUUCAGAGGGUCCAUUUGCAUUAUUUCUUUUCAGAGGGUCCGUUUGCAUUAUUUCUUUUCAGAGGGUCCGUUUGCAUUAUUUCUUUUCAGAGGGUCCGUUUGCAUUAUUUCUUUUCAGAGGGUCCGUUUGCAUUAUUUCUUUUAAGAGAGUACAUUUGCAUUAUUUCUUUUCAGAGGGUCCGUUUGCAUUAUUUCUUUUCAGAGGGUCCGUUUGCAUUAUUCCUUUUCAGAGGGUCCGUUUGCAUUAUUCCUUUUCAGAGGGUCCGUUUGCAUUAUUUCUUUUCAGAGGGUCCGUUUGCAUUAUUUCUUUUCAGAGGGUCCGUUUGCAUUAUUUCUUUUCAGAGGGUCCGUUUGCAUUAUUUCUUUUCAGAGAGUACAUUUGCAUUAUUUGUUUUGGAGGGUCUGUUGGUGUUAUUUCUUGUCAGCGAGUCCAUUCCCAUUAUUUCUUUUUGGAGGGUCUGUAG